AUGCAGCUGCGAAGAAGUACGCGUUUACGCACCGUACAUACUGUUAAAAAUAACACUUCCAUCAAUGAGGAUCACAGUUUGAUUUCUGUGUCGGAUCAGGUAUCAGAGAAACCUGAGGACAGAUUUGACAAAGUAGAUCAGGACUCAGAUGAUGAUGAAAAUGGCGAGCGUGUAGCGGUUCAAGACAUUUCCUUUGACGAGGAUGAACGAAUGCAGAGCAGAACAGGUCAAACUUCCGCUACGACUCUUUUGAAAAUCUCAAGACCUGAAUAUAACCCACAAGAUUUGAAGGAAACUAUUCAUGUUGAUACGCAUUUUGUUAACCAGUUUAACGAUUUGAUAGAGAAACAAUCUACUUUGUUUUUCAAUUCCUUGACAAGUCCUGAAUACGUUAUAUAUAAUAACUUGGAAAUAUUCAAAUAUCCAAGUGAUAAGGUGAGCUUGCAAACAAUAUCAAGACAGUUGACUGAAUUACUACCAGACUUGAACAAGAACUACGAUACCGAUCUGAAAGAGCUGUUAAAACAAUUGCAUGAGGAUCAAGAACGAGAGGAAAACUUGAAAAUUUUAAAUCAAGGUCCAGAAGCUGAAGUCUUCAAAGACCCAUUACAAUCGCUACUAAAUUAUCAACCUGAUGUGAAAGAAUCAGACGAAUCAAAACUUAUAGAGCAAGUGGCCAAAAUCCAUGAAAUCAACAUUUCCGAUAUAUCUGACAUCCUUAUCAACCCACCAGUGCGGACACUGAAGAGAGCAUUGAAUGUGAACAACCAAACAAAGAAACAUGACAUUUCCCAUAUUUCCAAUAAAUGCAGUAGAUUAUUAACGAAAGAACGCAACCAUUCAUUGCCAUGGCCCGUUAAGAAGAAAAAGAAGCAAACAGAUUCAUCGGCAAUACAUGAAGAUGUCUCAUUAAUGUCAUGA